UUUCUCUCAUUUUCGAAUCUUUCCUCUCUCUCUCCAUCUCACUUUCUCUCUAUUUUUUCAUCAAGUAAACAACUUUUUUUUCUUCAAUCAUUUCAUUCAUCUCUUUUUUCGUUCUCUUCAUACGAAAUUCAAUACAACCAUCUCCUUCUCUCUCCCUCUCCCUCCCUCUCUCUCUCACUCUAAUCCUGGUUCAUCAUUCUCCAAUUCGUCAUCUUAAUCCUUGUUCCAUUCUAUCAGUUAUAAUCCUUAAUCGUAAUCAUCGAUUUCCUCUCACUGUAAACUUUAAUUCGCAACCAUAAACAACAUCCUCUCUCUCUCCCUUCCAAUCCUGGUAACCUAAUCAAAGAGAGAUAGUUGCUAACAGUUAAAGCUUUUCUCUCUCAAAAUUUAUCAUCAUCUUUAUCAUCAUCAACUAUUAUUUCCAUAGGAAAGACUCACCAUUUCGGUUAUCAGAUUAACCAGAAACACUUACAAGAAGAUAAGAACCAACAACAACCACCGAGACUUUGUUUCGGUUUAUCUCUCGUCUUUGUUUCCAUUUUUCCCCAAUAAUCAUCAUCAUGGAUUUUUAAUUGUGUACAUACAUUUCUCUCUCUGGAUUACCUGUUAAUCAGUGUAAACAACAAUCAACUAAUUGUUCGCCUCCAUAGUUGUAAAGUCUACAAAAUAUUCUGAUCAAACUGAGAAAAAUUCUGUGACCGGUUAAUGUGAACCUUUUGCCGUUUCUCUCACUGAUUUUCACCUACUGAUCUCCAAUUUACUUUUCUCACGGUUAAUUGUUGUAACCAAAUUAAAUACAAUUAAAGUGAGAGAGAAAGUGAGAGAUGACAAAUGCAAGGUGUGCUCUCUAUUCAGCAAAUUCAGCGAUUCUGUGUCUUGGUGUCAUCUUAAUUACGACGAGUAUCAUGAUUCGAGCUGAUCCCGUUUUCUAUCAAUUUACUCGUCAUCUUGAAUUGGAUCGUUAUUAUAUCGCUUGUUACCUCUCAAUCUCUUCAGGGAUCAUCUUAAUCUUUGUUUCUUUCAUUGGGUGUGUUGGUGUUUCUCUUCAAAAACAUCAUUUCUUUUUAUUGUACUGUGCUCUGGUUGUUGUUUGUGUCUCACUAGGAAUUGCUGUUUGCUCACUGGUCUGGAAAUUAACUAAUAAUGAUCAGUCAAUUAAUACACUUCGAUUGGAGAUAUUGGAACAUAUUCAACGACGUUACGAUACUGAUCUUUCUUAUCGAUUCCUUGAGGUUCUACAAAAUAAGUUAACCUGUUGUGGAGCUGAAUCUGAGCGCGAUUAUGGUGACCGUGAAUGGGUUCCAUGUCCAAUCGAGUCUACAACUCAUCCUCAGGGAUGUGCUGAAAGUUUACAAAGUUCAUUGGAUGUUAAAAGCGGAAUCCUUGGUGGACUGAACAUCCUGGCGAUGUCGUUACAAUUAUUAAGUGUAUUUAUCUGGUUCACCGGUGAAACUGGACCUUACAAGAUGAUUAAAAGUUAAUCAGUUGAUUAACCAUAAUGAUUAAAUAUCACAAUCCAUAUACCAGUUCAAAAGCUUUGGACAUAUUAACAAUUAUCCUGUUGACCACAAGCACUGACCCAAUCCCGAAGUUAAAUCAAAAUUGAUACUUUAUGGUCAAACAAUCAACUAAACCGACAUUUAAUUACCUCAUUGAAGAAAAUUAAUUUUUAAUUGUUGAAAAUUCAUCUAAAUGACAAUAUUUUUCUUCUUUAAUUUCAAACAAUUAGGUAACAAAUUGAAAGUUCCCAGUUCCAAAUUGUUUACCAGGAAAACAAUCAACAGCAACAAUUUAGAUUCGAGCUUAAUUUUCACAAUAAUCAUCAUAUCUUCCUACCUUUUUAAUCAUCACAAUUAAACCAAAAAAAAAGAAAGAUGAAAAAAAACGAGGAUCAUCAUUCUUUAAUUGUGAUCGCAGUUAAUUACAAUCAAUUACAAGUUCUCCUUAAUCAUUACAAUUCGUUACCUGGUUCGUUGGAGUUUAAUUGUUAACUGAAAGAAAAAGUUUCGAUUAAUUUUGUUUUAAUUCAUUUUAAUUUUGUCUCCUUUUAAUUACUAGUCGAUUGUAUUAAUUGUCCGAAUCAAAUCACAAUUUGUUGUUACCAAAGUCAGACAUUCAUUCAAACUAAAUUGUCCCUCUUUUUUUGCUGCUGACCAUUGGUCAGUCAAACCAAUCAUUAUUAUCAUUGUAUUAACUCAUAAAAUUAUAUUUAAUUACAAUUACAUCACUUGAA